UCCAAGGGAUUUUCAGUGUUUUCUGACAUUCAGUAGUGUCCUAUCAGUAGUAAGCUGCUUGAGGGCGGGAUCUCUCUUUUUUUCUUAGCAUUGCACCUGGCACCUAGUGGGCACUUCAGAAAACGCCAAGUGGCUGCAGGGAUGGCAGCAGUACAGGCUCUUAAGAGCAGAAGUCGCCAUUCAGGGUUCAGAAUCUUACUCCUAAUUACUAGCUGUGUGGCCCUGGGCAUGUCACUUAUCUCUGUCUCCUGUUUCCUUACUGUACAGUGACUGCAGAAAAUGGAGUGCAGAUGAGGUGCUGCAGGACCUGGGUGAAUCUCUAGUUAUAAAACAAACAAGACUGAACUGGAACUAAGAUGACCUGAGUUCCAGCUUUUGUCCGUGCUAAGUGCAGAAAAGAGGUCGACACAAAUUACUUCUAGGCAGGGGCAAGAGGUAAUGUGUUGUAUAGGAAUGACUGCUGAAUUUGGAGACAGAUAAAGAGGUUCAAAUUCCUAUCCCACUACUUAAAAUAGAUAGAAUUCAGUGAACCCUAAAUCUAGGAUUCUGUGCCAGAUUCUGCCCUCAGCAAAGGACGGUGGUGAGGGUGAGGGGACAAGUGAGGGACCAGGAACAGAGGGAGAUGGCUUUCGGAGGCGAGGACCAGAAGUGGUACCAGCCUUGGACCUGCCCAUGCUUCCCUUCUUCUCCCUAAUUGAGGGGAAUAGGGAAGGGGAAAGAGGCACCUUAAGGGAGAGGGAAACAACUGUCCCUGUUGAUGGAGUGCCUGAGGCAGAAAGGAGGGGGCCCAGGCUGCCUGCGAGGACAGAUGGUGAGUUAGGCUCACAACACUUGAAGCAAAAUGGAUAUUAAUGAAAUAGGGACCCUGAAGCUGUUGCAGCCUCUUGGCCACCUCCCCCCGCCCCUCACUUCCCAAUAGCUUUGUGUGAGGUAUGAUACAAUUUUAAAACGCUAGAGCAUCGAUCAGGUCUUUUUUUUUUUUUGGGGGGGGGGUGGAUGCAUAGUCAGCCAUCCCUGUACACAUUCCCCUGGAUCCAGAGUUCAAGGGGUUAAUUUAGAGCCCCAAAAGGUUGUGAGGAUGGGAGUGGAGGAGAGAGUUCUGAAUAUUUAUGACACAUUGAAAUGUAGAUUGGUGGGUCUGAGAAUCCUCACCAUCCACUUGUCUGUCACUUCGAUGAUUAAAAUCCCAAUCCUCUUUCCUUGCUCUAAGAAAGGGUCUCAUUGGGGUGGAGUCCCUGUUCCAGAACUGAGGGUACAACAACAGACUGUGGAAAGUGGGGUGCAGAUGAGAUGCUCCCAGGCCCUGGGCUAACCUCUAGUUAUAGAAAAAGCAAGCCUGAAUUGGAAUUAAGACGACCUGAGCUCCAGCUUUCCUCUGUGCUAAGUGCAGAAAAGAGACAGACAUAAAUUGCUGUUAGGUAGGGGCAAGAGGUAAUGUGAUGUAUAGGAAUGACUGAAUUUGGAGUCAGAUACAGAUGUUUAAAUUCCUACCCUCUUACUUAAUACCUGUGUGACCUUCGCCCUCAGUACCACCUCUUUUGUGUCAUAAACAUCUUUGGAAGUCUGCUGAAAUCUAUGGGCCCCUUGUCACAAACAUGUUAAGUGCAUAGAACAUAAAGGAAAACAGAUACUUGGGAAUAAAAAUGUAGUUUUCCCCUCCCCCCAUUCAAUUCACUGACUCAUUUAAAUCGAUCCAGGGAGCCAAGGUUAAGAACCUCUGGAUUACAUCUGCGGCACUUUUGUAUUCCAAGUCCCAUAAUCCUUUUUUCAGUUGUGGGGAAGUGGGAAUGAAGGAAGACUUCUUGGAGGUGAUGCUAUUUGGGCAUGAAAGAUUGAUAGCAUUUUAAGGCACAAAUAUUAUUGGAGCUGGAAAAAGAAUAUUGAAAUUAAAGGUGUGAAUUCAGAGAUAGGAAACCUAAAUACAGAUAUAAGGAUGAUGUGAGUUGUCCAACCAGAAAACUAAUCAAUUGAUCAACAAGCAUUUAUUAAUUGAGUACUAUAUUCUAGGCAACGAACAAAUCUGUGGAGAUACAAAGACAAAAAUGAAACAGACCUGCCCUCAAGGAGCUUACAUACUAAAUAGACAAUAUGUAAUUGACAUUUGGAAUAUGUGAUUUUUUUUUGUUUUUAUAUCCCUUACAUUUUUCUCUUGUAGCCCUAAUUUUUUCUCCCAGAGAUCCAACACAUAUAGCAAAAUAUGAGAGAAAGAGACAAAGAGAGACAAAGAUAGAGACACACACAGAGAGAAACAGGGAGAGAAGAGAGACAGGUAGGAUGUGGGGAGAAAGAGAAGAGAAAAAAAAAACAGUCAAAAUCAAUCAAUACAAUAACAAAAAGCCAAAAAAGCCAAAAAAAAAAAAAGGAAAAUAUAGGCAGCUUUCCAUAUCCAUAGAGUAAAGAAAAUAUCUUCUCUAGUCUAUUCUUUUGGGGCAUUCUUGUUCUUUGUAGUUUUAUAAUAUUCAUUUAAAAAUUUUUUUUAUUUCCAUUUACAUUAUCAUGAUCUUUGCACAUACCUUUAAAUAUAAGAGCUGCAGCCAAGAAUAAAAUGGCAUUUGGAGAGGCACCAUUCCAGAUUCUUCCCAUGCCCUCUCUGAGUCAAAUCUUUCACGCGUUUCUUGACCCCCACUUUCCGCUCUUCCCCUCUUCUUUCCUUCCAGCCAUGUCGGACUUUCAUGUGCACCCGCAGGCCACUGUGGGUGAAGAGGGUGGAGUGGCCAGGUUCCAAUGCCAGAUCCAUGGGCUUCCCAAGCCCCUUAUCCUGUGGGAGAAGAACCAUAUCCCCAUUGACACAAGGAAUGACAGGUAUACUCUGCUUCCCAAGGGUGUUCUGCAGAUCACAGGGCUUCGGGCUGAGGACAGUGGUAUCUUUCAUUGCGUGGCCUCCAACAUUGCCAGUGUCCGAGUCAGCCGGGGAGCCAGCCUCACUGUGUCAGGCUCCGGCUCCAGUGCCUACAAGGAGCCGACAAUCCUCGUGGGGCCUGAGAACCUGACCCUGACUGUGCAUCAGACGGCUGUGUUGGAGUGUGUUGCCACAGGCAACCCCCGCCCCAUCGUGUCUUGGAGCCGCCUUGAUGGUCGCCCCAUUGGAGUGGAGGGGAUUCAGGUUUUGGGGACAGGAAACCUCAUCAUCUCUGAUGUCACUGUCCAGCACUCUGGCGUCUAUGUCUGUGCUGCCAACAGACCUGGCACAAGGGUACGACGUACAGCCCAGGGCCGGCUUGUGGUUCAAGCCCCUGCAGAGUUCAUCCAGCAUCCCCAGUCCAUCUCUCGCCCAGCUGGAACCACGGCAAUGUUUACCUGCCAGGCCCAGGGAGAACCACCCCCCCAUGUUACAUGGCUAAAGAACGGACAAGUCCUGGGCCCUGGAGGCCAUGUUCGUCUCAGGAACAAUAACAGCACACUGACUAUUUCAGGGAUUGGCCCUGAAGAUGAAGCCAUCUACCAGUGUGUGGCAGAGAACAGUGCUGGGUCCUCCCAGGCCAGCGCCCGGCUGACUGUGCUGUGGGCUGAGGGACUCCCAGGCCCUCCCCGGGAUGUCCGUGCAGUCUCUGUGUCUGCCACUUCUGUCCGAGUGUCCUGGAGUGAGCCACUGCUGAAUACCAAGGAGAUCAUUGGCUAUGUCCUGCACAUCAGGAAGGCAGCAGACCCCCCUGAGCUGGAAUAUCAAGAAGCAGUUAGCAAGAGUACUUUCCAACAGCUGGUGAGUGACCUGGAACCUUCAACAAGCUAUAGCUUCUACAUCAAAGCCUAUACUCCUCGAGGAGCCAGUUUGGCCUCUGUCCCUACCCUGGCCAGCACUUUAGGAGAGGUUCCUGCCCCACCACCACUCUCCAUCAGGGUUCUGAGUAGCUCCUCUGCCCAGUUACUCUGGGAGCAGCCCCCCAAGCUGACACAGCGGGAUGGUGGCUUCAAGCUUUUUUACCGCCCAGCGAGCCAGGCACUCUUCACCGGCCCCAUUGUACUUCCAGGAACUCUCACAGCCUACAACAUCACCCAGCUGGAUCCAACUGAGGUGUAUGAGGUAAAGCUCCUGGCUUACAACCAACAUGGGGAUGGCAAUGCUACUGUCCGAUUUGUGUCUCUGAGGGGAGCCUCUGAGAGGACAGGUAAAGCACUGAGCCCCCCCUGUGACUGCCGGAAAGAUGAGACAAGUAAUAAGACCUCUGCCACAGGCAUCAUCAUUGGCAUCCACAUCGGAGUCACCUGCAUCAUAUUUUGUGUCCUCUUCCUUAUGUUUGGCUACAGGGGCAGGCUCCUCCAAUGUAAGGAUGUGGAAGAUCAACUGUCCCCUCCCCAGGGGCCCCGGAACCAGAGGGACCUAGGCAUUCUGGCCCUGAAUGGAAUGGGCCAAGGGGACCGAGGCCGGCUCAAUGGGGACGAGAAGAGAUUGGAUUUGAACGAACUGGAGCAGCUAUUCCCACUUUCUCUGGGUUCAGGGCAGCAGGGAAGCAGGCUUGUGCUGGAGCCUGGAUCCCCAGCCCCAUGUGAUGAGACCCAGCUUUCCACCCUCCCUCCUGAUGAGCUCAGCAUACUGGAAGAACAGAUAACUGAGAUGUCCUGUCUGGCUGCAGGCAUCCCACCCCAACAGGAUGAAGUGCCCAGCCCCAGUCCCACCAAUGAAGGAUAGUUUGCCAAGACUUACCACAGUCUCUCCAAGAUGCCCCAGCCGGCCAUAUUUGGACAAUAGCCAAUGUCUGUUGGGCUCUGAAUGGUGACUUCUUAAAUCUCAGGUCAAAGGAAAGAUUUCUUCUAUCAAGCUAUGUCUGAUCAGAGGCUCCAAGGGCAUUCUCCCAGUGCUCAUCUGGGCUAGAGUCACUGCUAGGGAAUGUAUUCUUUUUUUUUCCCUUCAGGUCAUUUAGGCCUGAUCCUCUUGCAAGAGAUGCUUUCAUGGGAGUAAUGUGGAGAAGGAGUCUCCCUUGGUGAUCCUUGUAGCCAGCUCCCUGAUACUUUUCAUGACUCGAGAUUAAUUUUCUUAAAAAAAAAACAAAAAAACUUAAAAAAAGAGAGAGAGAAAGAGAAAGGAAGGUGAAUCUUUCCAAAUUGACUCUAAAAAUAUUCUCCUUCUUCCCUCUUCAUCCUUGGCCCUGGCCGGGUCCCUCUUAUAUUGUUGUUCUUCCAGUUGACUCCGUCCCACCCUGGCCAAGUGGCUCUGUUCACUUCCUCUUUUCUCAGGAUGGUUUUUUGGCUGUUUUGACUCUUGACUACAAAGCGUCAGAGGCACCUCAGCACCUACCUCAGCCGGAAUGAAUGUCCUUGGGGGAGGGAAGGUCCAAGGACCCACCCCUCUGAUCCCCUAGAGCCCUGUAGGAGCUUGGUCCUUGCUCUAUCCUACCUCAGGUCCUGACUUUGGGCCCCCGAGCUCCAGGGCCUUGUUUAGUCCAGAUGUAAAGAGAAAAAAAAAAAAAAAAAAAAAAAAAAGCACUUCUAGGCGCAAAAGCAAAACUUUUUCUACCUCAAGGUUCACUCCAGGUCACUUGUUUGUGUCACUGGGCCUCCUAUCCUCUUCCUUUGGUCUUCCUUCUCCUUUCUUCUGUCUCCAAUCGAGCCAUCCUUGUUAAAGAUGGCCCCUUGAUCUGCUGUGAGAGGAGAAA